AGAGGGGGAACAAGGGCUUGGUACUUUGAGCGCGCGCGCCUUCUUAGGGCUUUGUGCUUGUGCAAGCCUGCUGCGCAAAUGGCACGAUGGCUGAGCUGCUCCUGUGACGGCAUCGAGGCGGCCGGAUGUCCCGCUCGGGGCCGGCCAGCACGUGGUUCUCGCGGAUGCGGGUCAGAGCACUGUGUUCCUGGCGUCAGGGGGCGGAGCACUCUGUUUCACAGCCUCACGGCGGCGCCAGGCGGAUAAGGCCAGCUCGCCGCCGCCCGCUCCUAAUGCCCACAUGGCUGAACGCACGCUUAACUGCUGGUCGCGAGCAUGAUGAUAUGAGCAUGAGGAUGUCGAUGUUGUACAGGUGAGGAGAAGCGCGUAGAGGAAGGUGAAAGCCGCAGUCCUGAGGGAGAGGCGACCGCGACGGCGAGGCGAGACGAGGAUGAGAC